UUCUUAAAAACAAAAACCCAUGAAUCAAAAUCACAACUUUUUGCAGUAAAACAAUGACUAUCGGAUGUACAAAAGAACAUCCUUGUGAGCGAUGGAUGCUUUGUGGUUCACACACACACCAAGGACAUAUCGGGCUUUUUAUUAACAGUUGCGCCUUGUUUUGUUACCAUAACUUCAUGUUAUGAGGAUUAUAAAAAUCAAGGUUUUGACCCCCCAGUCACAGCUACAGCAGAUGGGGUCUGGAUCAUUGAAGAAGCUAAGUAGAAUUCUGAUUGAGGCCUCAUGGUACAUUCCUGAAUCUGAUUUUUUUUUUUUAAGUCAUGUUCCGACACAAUGAUGGCACAAACGAUCUAACAGACUGCAUAUAGUGAGGACGAAUUCAUAAAAUGAUCACAUGAUUGAAUUGAACAUGUUGUUUUUCGUUUUUCUUUUCCGUUAAAAGUUUUCAUCUUGACUCAACGAGGUUACAACGUACCAUAAUGUUUGGACGACCUUGCAAGCUCUUGAUUUUCGCCAUAACCAUCGUGCUCACCCAAAGUCGACUGGCACACUCUCUAAAUGGAGGAUGUUACCGCAAACCAAACAUCAUACCAUGCGAACCUAUCGUCUUAGGCGAAGCACAGUCUACCGAGAUUGCAGCAGCCAAGGAUAGUGGUUUCAUCGGUGCUCUCCAAGCCAACAGGACACAAACGUACCAAAACCAACAACCGAUUAUAACUAAUUUCACCGAAGACCAGAUGGCGCGAGUGUUGGAGGUGUACAAAGAUUUCGGGGGGAAUCAGAGCGACUACGAAGGGGUCUAUGACAAUCUUCUGUGGGAACCCAUGGAACUCCAUGAGGAACCUGAAAGCGCCACCCUGCCUGAACCUUCCAACGCAACACGUGAACCUGAACCUUCCAACGCAACACCUGAACCUGAAUCUCACAGCGCACGUGUACGACGAUCAGCUGUAUUAAACGUGCCCAUCUGCCCUGUCCGAAACAUCAAGAAGAUUCUAAUUACAGCAUUUAACGCGGAUGGUAAACCAUUACAGAUUGUUCAGUUCCCUGGAUUCAAGCAAUGGGUCCUUCGUCAAGAGUGCACGGAGUCGUUGUCAUCUCAAGGUAAACUGUCUAUGAAUGGAGCCCCGGGCCUGGAUAUCUUAUGCCAUACCAUCCGGAGAUCCGUCUUCCUUGUCGCUAUCCGUCUGGACGACGGCGCUGUGAACCAAGGGGAUAUUGCUGUACAAGAAGUACAAGUGGAGUCCUGUUCUAGUUUUGUUGAGGAAUAGGCCCAGAGUAUACAGGCUAGAUGUAAAAUGAUAUUGUUGUUCUUCUUCUUCUUAAUAAUUAGUAUCCCCAUCAAUAUUAGUAUUAAUGCUAUUAUAAUUGAUAUCAUGAUAACUUAAUCAUAAUUUCUCUGAAGUUUGAUAGACUACCAUUAUCGCAACAAGUAUGAUAAUGACUUAACCCUAAUAA